GCCUCGUCGCCAAGCGCCCCGCGCGGCCCCUCCUGCCCUGGGCCGCCUACCUGCGCCGCGUGGGCCCCGCAGCGCUGUCCACCGCCUUGGACGUGGGGCUGAGCAACUGGAGCUUCCUCUACAUCUCCGUCUCGCUCUACACCAUGACGAAGUCGUCGGCGGUCCUCUUCAUCUUGUUCUUCUCGCUGGUCUUCAAGCUGGAGCAGCCGAGGGCCGCGCUGAUGCUGGUGGUGCUGCUCAUCGCCGGGGGGCUCUUCCUGUUCACCUACAAAGCCACCCAGUUCGACGCUGAGGGCUUUGCCCUGGUGCUGGGCGCCUCCUUCCUGGGCGGCAUCCGCUGGACGCUGACGCAGAUCCUGCUGCAGAAAGAGGAGCUUGGGCUCCAGAACCCCAUAGACACCAUGUUUCACCUGCAGCCAGCCAUGUUCCUGGGACUCUUUCCACUUUUUGCUGCUUUUGAGGGCCUGCCCUUGUCCGCCUCGGAGAAGCUCUUCCGCUUCCACGAAGUGGAGCCGCUGCUGCGCCAGCUGGCCCAGCUGGCCCUGGGGGGACUGCUGGCCUUCGGGCUGGGCUUUUCCGAGUUCCUCCUGGUCUCCAGGACCUCCAGCCUCACCCUGUCCAUCUCCGGGAUCUUCAAGGAAGUCUGCACCGUGCUGCUGGCCACGCACCUCCUGGGCGACCGGCUCAGCCCGCUGAACUGGCUGGGCUUUGCCGUUUGCCUCUCGGGCAUCUCCCUCCAUGUCGCGCUGAAGGCCCUGGGGGCCGGAGGACCGAAGGGCGCCAGGCCCCCCCGCACGCCGGACUCCCGCCCAGACCUGGAGCUACUGCUGCUGCUGCACCACCAGGAGGAAGAUGAUGCCGAGACAGCCCCCCAGCGCUGAAGGGGUGCCGGCUCCCCCAGCCCCAGGGGUAUUUGCCAUCCCUCCCAGUUUUGUGUCAUCUGCAAACCUGGUAAUCAUUCCGUGCACCUCCUCAUCCAAGUCAUUAAUGCGAAUGUUGAAGAGCACUGGGCCAGGACUGGACCCUGCGGGACCAACUCGCUGCCUCUCCCCAGCUUGAGAAGGUGCCAUUGAUGAGCGCUUUAUGAGUCCCGAUUCUGUAGCCAACAGAAGCCAAGAUAGAUUACAGCCACAGCAUUCCCACAGUCCAUCAGGGAUAUUACCCAGUCAAAAAAUGAAAUCAGAUUAGUUUGGCAGAAGUUGUUCUUCAGAAAAACAUGUUGGCUUCUAAUUAUCACUGCGUUCCUUUCAAAGUAUUUGCAGACUGACAGCUUUAUAAUCUGCUCCAGAGUUUUCCAGGAAUUUUCCAGGGAGUGCUGCUCUUUGCUCCCUGCAUCUCAGGUGCGUGUUGUUUUUGUAUCAGGAAUAUCUGCAUAGCCAACAUGAUUUUUAGCCACUGGUGGCUUUUUCCUUCA